AUGGAUUCGAAUCGUGAAUCGAUGGAAUUGGUGCAAGAGCGUAGCAUGGACACCGAUAAGCUCAGCUACGAGAUUUUUUCGAUCCUCGAAAGCAAAUUCUUAUUUGGUUACGACGAAUCGAAGCUUUGGAAACCUAAGCAAGUUUCUCCGGAAAUAUCUUUCACGCCGACGUCACUGGCGGUGGCUGAUGACGGUGGUGUUCAAUCUACGACGAACCAGAGAGGUAAAAUCUGUGUGCUCUCGAUUGAUGGCGGAGGAAUGCGGAGUAUUCUAGCAGGUAAAGCCCUAGCUCAUCUAGAGAACGCGUUGAAAACGAAAUCCGGCAAUCCGAACGCGAGAAUCGCCGAUUAUAUCGAUGUCGCCGCUGGCACAGGUGUCGGAGGUGUGUUCACGGCGAUGCUAUUCGGAAGCAAAAACCAGAGUGUUCCGAUUUUCAAAGCGGAGGACACGUGGAGGUUUCUGGCGGAGCAAGGGAAACGGUUGUAUCAUCAGAAAUCGAGUUCCACCGGCGGCGGCGUUGGAGGUUUAUUGAAAAGGAUUUUCCGCGGCGGAGGCGGAGGCGGUGACGGAGGGAUAAACCAUGCCACGGCAGCAUUUGAAAACGCAAUGAAAGAAGCAUUCGUGGUCAACGGUGAGAGUUUGACCUUAAAAGACACGUUGAAGCCGGUUUUAAUCCCCUGCUACGACCUCUCCAGCUCAGCUCCGUUUCUCUUCUCCCGAGCGGACGCCAUGGAAACAGACAGCUUCAACUUCCGUCUAUGGGAGGUCUGCCGCGCCACGUCAGCUGAACCGGACUUAUUCCAACCUGUCCCAAUGAACUCCGUCGAUGGAAAAACCCGAUGUACUGCAGUUGACGGCGGUUUAGCCAUGAGCAACCCCACAGCGGCGGCGAUCACCCACGUGUUACAUAAUAAGCAGGAAUUUCCAUUCGUGCGCGGGGUGGAGGACCUUUUGGUACUUUCACUGGGCACCAGUCAACUUCAUGAAGGGAAUUAUGAUUACAAUCAAGUCAAAGGGUGGAAGGCUAAAGAUUGGGCUCGACCCAUGGCUCGAAUUUCCGGUGAUAGCUCCGCCGACAUGGUGGACCAUGCCGUCGCCAUGGCCUUCGGUCAGAGCCGGUGUAGUAACUACGUCCGUAUCCAGGCAAACGGGUUCACCAUGGGUCCUCAAAGGGCCAAUAUUGAUGCGGAUCCUUGUCCCAACGAUGCUAAUGUACUUAUUGGAAUAGCUGAUGAGAUGUUGAAACAGAAAAACGUGGAAUCAGUAUUGUUUGGGGGUAAAAGGAUCGGAGAGCAGACUAAUUUUGAGAAACUGGAUUGGUUUGCCGAAGAGGUCGUGUUAGAGCAUCAGAGAAGGAGUUGUUGCGUUGCACCUAAUGUUGCAUUUAAGCAACCUACUUUCAAACAAACAUAAUCGCUUCAUCAUUUAAAAAAGUUUGUGAGGGCUAUGGACCGAAUAUUUUAAAAACAUUGGGGACUGGUUUUGGAAAUAAUUGUUUGCUUGUAUAUUUGAAUUUUUCUAAAAGUCAAAAUGAUGUUUUUAUUGAAAAACCGAAAUUUUAAAGUCGGUUUUUUUAAUAUAAAAAUCGAAUCACACCAAAAAGUCUAAAACAAUGUCACCAUAUUAUUAAAAAACACGAAGGUUUCAUUAUGUGUAUAUUGUUAUAUUUUUUUUAAGAACGGUCUAAUCUUAAAUUACUAUAUAUGUACAUCACAUCUCAAUUAAAAAAAGUCACUCAUUACUGCUAGAACAAAGACCUUUUGAUUUGUAUAUAGUUAUAUAAUAUCCAACUGUUAUAGAAAUAAAGUUAGUAUCUCAUUUUUACAAGACUAGAC